GUCAUAUAACCCAGGAUAUGAGAUGAUUCCUCAUUUUGCUCAAUCCUUGGAGUCUCACCUUCAAGGAAUGCACAAUUCCAACAGUAGAGAGAAUUUUCAUCCAGUGCAAUAUCCGACGCAUUCGACUCUCGCCAAUCCGAUUGCUUGCAAGUGGAGAAAUAUGAAGAAUGGCGGUCGCUCGUGUGACGUCAUAUUUCACGAUAUGCACGAGUUGGUAAACCACGUGACACGGGAUCACGUGGGUGGUAUGGAUCAAACCGACCACACUUGCUACUGGGAAGAUUGUUCAAGAAAAUGCAAAGGUUUUAAAGCGAAGUACAAAUUGGUGAAUCAUAUUCGAGUUCAUACUGGGGAGAAACCAUUUGUUUGCCCUUUUCCUGAUUGUGGAAAAACGUUUGGAAGAAGCGAGAAUUUAAAAAUCCAUCAAAGAACCCACACAGGUGAACGACCCUUUCCUUGUAAAUUUCCCGGAUGUGAAAGACGGUUUGCAAACAGUUCCGAUCGUAAGAAGCAUAGUUAUAUGCACAACACUGAAAAACUUUAUGCGUGUAAGUACGAAGGUUGCGACCGAAGCUACACUCAUCCCAGUUCACUACGUAAGCACAUACGUAUGCACGAAUCCAAUGGUGACGUAAUCGACAACAGUUCCAUUUAUUCUCCCACGAGUUCGUGUGGUUCAGUAGAAGAUGUAGCUCGAGAACAAAACUCCGUUAAAAAUAAUUCCGUUCAAACAUAUUUACCUCCACGAUUUACGUCAUCGCCGAUUCAUGCACCUUUAGCCACGUAUGAUGCUUCAGAAAGUUUAAAACAAAAGUUUCCCCCUAUUGAGAAGCAAGCUAAAUUCACAGAAGAUUUUAUAAACCACGGACAAGGUAUGACAUCAUCAAUACCUCAAUUAAACUUAAACACAGCUUCAACCGAAGAUUGUUACAACAAUUACUAUACACCUCAAAUAUCUAAUGAAACUUAUAAAUCUUCCUUUUCUCCUGUGUCGUUUCAAUUACCCACGCAUUUUGUCGCGUAAAAUCUUUAUUUGUUUGUUAUAUGCGUUACUUUAUAACAAAAUACAGUAUAUCUAUGAAA